AGGUCUCGUGAGAACUCACGGCAGUUGAAUUUGAAAACAGGCGGCAGUCUGGUAGGAAGAAAACUGAAGAAACGUUUUGCUGCAGAGGAAAGAUGACUGCAGAUAAUGAAAUAGACAUUAAAGAGGCGUUUCAGCGCGCUCAGAAGGGCCACAACAACAAGGCAAAGCUGGUGGCGAGCCUGAGGAGCCGGUACAACAAGCUUGAGGACAAGACGCUCUUCCACGAGGAGUUUGUCCACUACUUGAAGUAUGCCAUGAUUGUCUACAAGCGCGAACCUACAGUUGAAAAUGUCAUUGAGUUUGUCGCGAGGUUUGCCACAAGUUUCCAGUCUCCGCCUAAAACGGAGGAAGAGGAGCAGCAGGAGGAUGAGGAGGAAGAGGAAGAAGUUGAAGAUGAUCAUCCAUUUCUGAGUUUCAUCUUCAAUUUCCUGUUGGAGUCUCAUAAAGCCAAUAGCCAUGCUGUGCGUUUCCGUGUGUGCCAGCUGAUCAACAAGUUGUUGGGCAGUAUGGCAGAGAAUGCUCAGAUAGAUGAUGACCUCUUUGAUCGCAUCCAUCAAGCCAUGUUGGUCCGCGUCACGGACAAGUUCCCCAACGUGAGGAUUCAGGCUGCUUUGGCCAUGACGCGUCUGCAGCAGCCAAAAGAUCCUGACUGUCCCACCAUCAACGCAUUUAUGUUGAUUCUGGACAAUGAUGCUAAUGCUGAGGUGCGACGCGCUGUUCUCUCCUGCAUUGCAAUGUCCCCACGAACGCUCCCCAAAGUACUCAAACGUACCCGGGACAUCAAAGAGAAUGUCCGCAAGCUAGCCUACCAGGUUCUGGCUGACAAGGUUCACAUUAAAGCUUUGACCAUCGCACAGAGAGUUAGUCUGCUGCAGCAGGGUCUCCACGACACCUCAGAAGCGGUUAGGGAUGUGGUUUGCUCUCGUUUGCUGCCGUCCUGGCUGCUUCGGUUGGAAGGUAACAUCAUAGACCUACUCCACAGGCUGGAUGUAGAGAACUGCGCCCAAACAGCUCUGGACACACUGAAAGCCAUCUUCAAAAACAAACCUAAUGAGGAGCUGCUGCAGGAGAGAGUCCAGCUCGACAACAGGAAGCUGAUCCCGGUGGACGCUCUGACCUGUGAGAAUGUGCUUUACUGGAGAGCUCUGUGUGAGUUCAUCAAGGCUAAAGGAGAUGAAGGUGAUGAAAUGCUGGAGCAAGUGUUACCAGAUGCUGCCACUUACGCCGAGUACCUCAACGGAUAUCUGAGGGCGGUGCCUGUGCUGUCGGAGGAGCAGAGGGCCGACUUCAGCCAGCUGGAGCUGGUCAUGACCAAAGAGUUCAUCUCUCAACAGCUCAUCCACCUGAUCAGAUGUCUAGACACAAACGAAGAGGGCGGCAGGAAGCGUGUGGUGGCUGUUCUGCAGGAGAUGUUGGCUCUUCCACAGACUCCCUCCUCCCUCGUCUCCCUGCUCACCGAGAAGCUCCUCACCCUCAUCCCUGAUGACCAGAGACGCAUUCAAACUGUGGCAGAAAUCAUCUCUGAUGUGAGGGAGCCCAUCACGGAGGCCAGUCAGCCGGUGGAUGAGAAUGAGAGCCGUCGGCAGCAGGUCCAGCUAGCAGAGGUGAAGGUGCGUAUCUUGGAGGCUAAACAAACUCUGGAGGACUUCAUCACUGCCCAGGAGUUCAGCCGCGCGGCAGAGCUGAAGGACUCCAUCACAGAGCUUGAGAACCGCAGGAACCAGAUCCUCCAGGAAAUCGCAGAGAGCAGCCAGCCGGCUGACAAGGAGACCCGCACUGAGAAGAAUGACCCAGAGACUCUUCUGAGGUGUUUGACCAUGUGUGCUGAGCUGCUGAAGCAGAUGAACAUCAAGACUCGAAUUGGUCCAACCAUAAGCGCCUUAAUGUCCUCAUUGGUCCUGCCCAGUAUAGCAAAUGCUCACCCUGCUGUCCGCAACAUGGCUGUAGUGUGUUUGGGAACAUGCACUCUACACAGCAAGGAUCUCGCCAAAACCCACAUGGUCCUGCUACUACAGAUUGCUCAGCUGGAUGAGGUAAAGAUCCGUAUCAGUGCUCUGCGGGCUAUCAUCGACCUGCUGCUGCUGUUCGGCUUCCAGCUGCUCUCUGAAACAGCUGCCAAUCAGACAGCCCUGCCCUCCCAGUCGCCAGACCGACAGGAGGAGGACGCACCACUGCCAGCAGCAGAGGAGAAGGGGGAGGCAGCGGGGGACACCUCAAAGAGUAUCCUCGUGAUGUUUUCAGAGUUCCUUGACAGCGAGGUGUCCGACCUGCGUACAGAAACAGCGGAGGGCCUGGCCAAACUUAUGUACACUGGCCGCAUCUCCAGUGCCAAGAUGUUGUCCCGUCUGGUGCUGCUGUGGUACAACCCCGUCACCGAGGACGACACCCGACUGCGACACUGCCUCGGCGUCUUCUUCCAACUCUACGCCCGUGAAAGCAGGCUGCACCAGGAGGUCGUGGAGGAGAGUUUCCUGCCAACUGUUCGGACUCUGAUGAAUGCCCCAGCCACCUCUCCUCUAGCUGAGGUGGAUAUUAACAAUGUGGUUGAGCUGCUUGUGGACCUGACCCGACCGAGUGCGCUUAUUAAACCCUCAACUAACACAGAGGAGGUGUGUGUUCAUGACUAUCUGGCGGUGCGUAUGUGUGGGGAGAUGCUGAAGGACCCGACGGCCCCUGAGGUUCGUCUCUACGCCAAGACUCUGAGCAACCUAGAGCUCAGCAGAGACGAGACCGUAAGGAAAGAUCUGCAGACGCUGCUGCAACAGCUUGUACAGGUGGUGAGGGAUCGUGUCUGUCUCCGUGCUCUGGAGAAGAUGCUUUAUCAGCUGGUGGACUCAAAAGAACAGGCUGAGCUCCUCAGCGCCAGCGCACUACAACCACUGGAUGUCAAUGCAGAUGAGACUGCAACAGAGGAUCCAUCUAAAUCUGCCAAGAGAGCUAAAAGAGGUCAGAGGAAAGCAUGCACAGCUAAAGGAGGCAGGAAGCCAAGCAGGAGGGCAGAGUCAUCCGAGGAGAGUGAUGGAGAAAAUGUUCCAGAGUCAGUUUCUGCGGUGCGUCCGUCGCGGCGGGCCAAAACUGCUGCUCUAGAGAAAACCAAGCUGGAUCUCAACACCCUCAUCAACCAGGAGGCCAACGUGUCAUAAAAGUCAGGUUAUACACAAUCAAUGUAAAAAUGAAAAACGAAGCAGUUAGUGUUAACCAGUGCUCAAAUAUUCCAGUUUAACAUAAUUCAGAAAUACUUUCCUUACAAUGGGGUCAUGUCUUCAUAUGUAGUCUUUAGUUUUGUCUGUUUUUCCAAGUUUCACAUUUUGUCAUUUUAAUCAUUAAAGUGAAAUAUGUCUAUGAA